AUGUUCGUAUCUAUCUAUCUAUCUAUCUAUCUAUCUAUCUAUCUAAAUCUGUUCAUAUCUAUUUAUCAAAAUAUGUUCGUAUCUAUCUAUCUAUCUUAUCGUCUCGGUAUUAUCAUAUCUAUUUAUCUUAUCGUUUCCGUCUUUUCAUAUCUAUCUAUCUAUCUAUCUAUCUAUCUAUCUAUCUAUCUAUCUCAGUCUGCUUAUAUCUAUCUAUCUAGCUAUAUCAGUCUGUUUAUAUCUAUCUCAGUCUGUUCAUAUCUAUCUAUCUAUCUAUCUAUCUAUCUACUUCCCUACCUGCCUACUAUUGGUUUCUUUUUAUCUAUCUCACUCUUUUUCUAUCUAUCUAUCUAUCUAUCUAUCUAUCUAUCUAUAACAUGCUGUUCAUAUCUAUCUAUCUAUGUAUCUAUGUAUCUAUCUAUCUAUCUAUCUAUCUAUCUAUUUACAUCUAUUAUCUAA